AUGGAGUGGCCCCCUGCGCCCGCUGAAGUGGCUGAGGCUAUCAGAAUCGAUGGCAUGUGGCCUCGGGAGCAAGAGUUGUGCUUCUUUGUGAACAAGGUGUGGCCACCGUGCAUGUCGUCUGGCAAGGACGGCGCCGGGUACAUCGACCUGAACAUGUCCAUGAUGAGGCUGCUGACGGGGUGCAUCGACUAUGACUUCGAGGGAAAGCCUGAUGAGAAGUUUCCUUUGAAGAAGUCGCCCUGGAAGGGCAGCCCCAUGACGCUAGUGGGGAGCAUGAAGCUGGCGGUGCGGUACUUCAACAGUGCAUGCAACAGGUUCGUGGUUCGCUUGGCGGAGCCGAUUGAGUAUCUCCGCGGCAUCGGUUGGCACGAGAGCUUCUGUCGCACGAACUUCUUCAAGGUGCCUGACGACAUGGACGACGGCAAGCGCGCGGAGAUGACCGAGGUGCAGUACGGGGAGCUGAUUGCGAACAUGUGUGGCAACGCUUGGUCUGGUUUUACUUACAGCGCAGUUCAGACAGCAUUGGUGGCAACGUCUGGCCAUUUCUUUUCUAAGAUCGGCAGGUCCUCGCGUGCGCCCGCAGCUCCCGCUCCCGCCGACGACGACAGUGAUGAGGCGCGCGAGAGCUACCUGGAGCAGGCGGCUACGGUGACCUGA